AUGUUGCUUGUGUUUCAGAAAUGUAGUUAUAACUACCACGUUAGCAAGUUGGCUAGAGCUGUAUCUGAUCAGUAGUGUGGCGGUCAUUAUGUAGCUAAUAUUAGUUUGGUUAGCCACCAGAGAUGGUGUCUCGAAAGCAGAGGCGCGUUUUGCGGUACGUGGAGGAGGGGAGUCUGUCGAAGCUCAGGUCCUACUUGCGCAAACACCCAGACGUGGACAUAAACUUCUCGGAGGGGAAGAAGCAGAGAGGCCCGCUGCACCUCGCCUGCGCGCUGGGGGACGACGCGAUUCUCCGUCUGCUGCUGAAGAGUGGAGCGGACCCUCUCCAGAGGGACCGAAAGGGGAACACGCCUUUGCACCUGGCCAUCAACCGGGCUCUCAAACACGGCAAACGUGUUUACGAUGACCUGGUGGUUCCCCUUCGGAAGAGUUGUCCCAUCGCCAUGGAUACAGCAAAUAAGGCUGGAAUAACACCUCAAGAUCUGCUGCAGUGGAUGAGAGAUGAGCAGUUUCAGGAACCGCCAGCAGAGGGUAGCGCCUCAACCACAGCCGACCGUGAAAGAGAGUGGAGGGACAAGCUCCUCGGCGAAUGCCAGGACGAGUUCUAUGAGACUUUUGGACAGUAUGAUGACGAUGAUUUCCUGCAGGACGACGCGGCGGAGGAUUUUGGCGACUGGGCAGACCGGAUCCGGCAGGAGUACCUGGGGAAGCAGCGGGCCCGGGCGCAGCAGCAAGCGCCCGCGGCGUCGGGGGGGAGGAAGAGGAGGAGGCAGGAGACGGAGGAGGAGGAGCGCAGCCGGCGGGAGCUGCUGGCCCGGCUAGAGAGGGAGCACGCCGAGUACCUGGCGCGGGCGGCGAGGAAGGAGGAGGAGACACGUCUGAGCAAGAAGCGGCGGUACGAGGAGAGGUGCGCUGCCACCUUCCGUGGAGACUCCGGCUCCGGCUCCUCACGGCUGGGCUACGCCGACAUCCCCUGGCCGGCACCCCGUGGCUCCGUGCAGGAGAUGGUGGAGGUGAUCCUGCACGGCGCAGACCGCACGGACCUGCCCGCCUUCCGGAAGCUUCUGCGGCGCCACCAGGCCAUGUGGCACCCCGACAAGUUUGCCCAGCGCUGCGGCGGCCGGCUGGAGGAGGGAGACCGGCAGAGGAUCCUGGACACGGUCACUGCGCUCUCGCAGGAGCUCAACAGGCUGGCCCAGAGCAUCAGGUGACACACCCACAGGACCAGCUUCCUGUAGAAGGACUGCGCACAGCAGCCAGUCCCCAGACUCCACUCCUGGAGGCCUGGAGACUGACCAUUGGUCAGAAUCCUGACCCCUAA